CGAUACCAAAGGUCUGUUAAGCGCCCGUUCCUAUCAGAUCAUCUACCAUCACCUAUAUGCCAUGCCUCACGUCCUUCGUGCUAAUUGUACGAAAGAUGACGACUCAUGGUCAUUUCAAGUUCCGCCAGCUCUCCUUAUGUCUCGCCAGAGACAAGGUCGGAUCAUCGGGAAAUUUGUUAGAUUUAACGGCGCAGAAAUGCUACUUGAGACGGCCGAAUUCUCCAGCAAUCGCAUUCUCCAAUCUGAUGUCCCCUCAAAGUUUAUCCUUGUUGCGUUUGGUGCUUUGAGACUUCCUGAUACCAGGCUCAGAGAGUCGGGAGACUUCAUUGCGCGAUUUUUGAAGGAAGGGCUGUUCUUGAAUGGGGUUCAAUAUCGAUUUUAUCACCACAGCAAUAGCCAGUUGAGAGGCCGCAGUUGUUUCCUCCGUGAAGCGAAGACUGACAAAGAGCUUGACGAUCGCAUUUACGAGCUGGGAAGCUUUGGCAAAAUUAUGAAUGUUGCAAAACGCGCAAAGUGAAUUGGCUUAUUGUACUCAGAGUCACAGCUCGACUUCCAGCUUAACCCGAAUCUUAUUGCAGAUAUUCCCGAUAUCGUGUCUGGGGGUGUCGAAUUCUCAGAUGGAUGCGGCCUUAUGUCUCAAC